UCUUAAUCUUAAUCUCCAUCUCCAUCGAGGCAAGUAGUACGGCUAUUGCGACCAAGUCCAUAGGCCAGGUCCAUACAAUAACAAUUGUAUCCUCCACCCUAAAGAAAAAGAACAAGCUAUAUACUAAUUAAGAAAAGGAAAUAGAUGAACAAAAAAAAAAGAGAAAAAGAAUAGAAAAGUGAUUAUGUAAGUAGAUGGAUAACUUGUUGCGGCUCCUCUUGGUCAGAGGGAGGGUUGAGGAAGGGUUCGGAAGGAUCGACACGUCGAACAGAAGAAAGGAGGCGGCUCUUUAUAGCUUUUAAUUGCGAUUUUAGACGCAAAUAUAGAUGGAGUGUAACGGAAAUCGGGUUCGCCAUUAAUGGCCGCUUCUAUCUCUCAUGAAGGAGAUCAACAAGGAUUAUUGAAGGAGAAAGCGAAAGCGAUCGUCGAGUUGUUGCAGAGAGCAGCAGCAGCAGCAGUAGUUGUAGUAGUAGUUGCAUGGGAGAUAAUUGUAGAGGGAGCUCAAAGGAAGGGGAACAACAACAACAACAACAACAACAACAACAACUGCUACAACAACAAGUACUCCAUAGUUGUUGUUCUUCUUCUUCCGGGAUGAUCGGUCCCUCUUCGUCCAUGAGCAAGGAUUCAGGAGCGUAUGAUUUGGCGGAAUUGGAUCAAGCCCUCUUCUUCUACCUGGAUGGCAAUGAUCAAUCAUCACUUGUUCAAGCGCAACGGCAGACUUUGAAUAUUUUCCCUUCUGAGCCCAUGCAUGUAGAAGAUCCAUCGUCAAAGGGUGCUAUGACUAUGAUCCCAGAUGGAGGCUCUUCUAAGAAACCAUUAAACAAGCCUAUGGAAUUAACAGGCAAAGAGAAAAGUGAUCCCUCAAUCCCCCAUCCUGAUGACCAAAGAAAAGAGAUAACCAAAACAUCAAUCAAGAGGGGAGGAAAUGGAAAGGGCACAACAACAUCUAGUUCAGAGCAUGAAGGUCCCAAGACACCUGAUCCCAAAAUACUAAGAAGGCUUGCACAGAAUAGAGAGGCAGCAAGGAAAAGCAGGCUUAGGAAGAAGGCCUACAUUCAACAGCUAGAGUCAAGUAGGGUUAGGUUAAUCCAGCUUGAACAAGAUCUCCAAAGAGCAAGAUCUACUCAGGGCACGCUCUUGAGCGGCAUAGCGGCCGUCGUCGGAGACCAAGGACUUGCAAAUAGUACUAGUAGUUGCACCGGCACCAGCUCAGAGGCGGCGAUGUUCGACGUGGAGUACAGGAGAUGGCUGGAGGAGCAUCACAAGCUGAUGCUUCAGCUGCGGGCUGCGGUGGAAUCGAACUUGGCGGACGGGCAGAUGCAGAUGUUCGUCGAGGCUGCGGUCUCGCACUACGACGUGCUGAUGGGCCUGAAAGGCGUCAUCGUCAGAGCGGACGCCUUCCACCUCAUGUCGGGCACGUGGAAGACCCCCGCCGAGCGCUGCUUCGUUUGGAUCGGCGACUUCCGCCCCUCCGAGCUCAUCAAGGUUGUCCGAAAAUACCUAGAGCCGUUGUCGGAGCCGCAGAUGCUGGGGAUUUACAGCCUGCAACAAUCCGUGCACGAGUCGGAGGACGCGCUGAACCAAGGUCUCGAAGCUGUUCACCAAUCGCUUUCCGAUACCAUCUCCUCGGAAGUAAUGAGUUCUCCGCCCGACAUGGCCACCUACACCGCGCAUCUGUCGCUCGCCUUGGACAAGCUCGCAUCUCUCGAAGCCUUCGUUCGACAAGCUGACAGUUUGAGGCUGCAGACGCUCCACAGGCUUCACCAAAUCCUGACAGUCCACCAAGCGGCGCGAUGCUUCUUAGCCAUUGCGGAGUACUUCCACCGCCUCCGCGCCCUCAGCUCGCUGUGGACCGCCAGACCGAAACAGGAGGGGGUGUAGAAACUAAACCCUAGCUUGAGACCUCACUUAAAUACUGCUUCUACUAGAUUACAUGAAACAGUACUUAGUGAAGGAGGGUCUUUAAUUUAGAGAUCAAUUAAGCUACAUCACAUCCAUUUUAGAGAUGUAAAUGUGUAGUUAUAUAUUAGAAGGGUGUAUACUUUCUCCUGGGGUUAGUUAACCUACCUUUUUACAUGGAGGGUGUUGUGGUCAAGCUAAAAUGGUUUUAGCAGUUAAUUAAAGUCCCUUCUAUUUCAAGAGAAAAGAAGAGAAAAAGGGCUAAUUUAAUUAGGAGUUUGAAGGAGAGAAAGAAUUAAUGAUGUUUACAAUUAAUUUUCCUCUUCCCUUUUUUUGAUUUUGUUUUUGUUUUUGUUUUUGUUUUUCCUCCUAUAUAUGUGCUAGAUUUGUUUAUUAGGGUUUGGAGCUGAAGUUGAUUUCAGGUAGUAGUCCAUGACAAACAUUUUGCUUGGGGGAUGUUUCUGACCUUAGCUAGAUUCAUUGAUUGGUUGAGGUGACAUUUUGUGUUGUUUUGUGUUGGAACUUGGAAGAGUAAUGCAGUAGUUUUGGUUAA